CUGGUGGCCCCACAAGGGGGCCGGCGGAUUAUCCGGGGCACAGGGUUACGCAACUCCUAACCGUCGCCUCCUUCAUCUUCGCCUUUAUCCUCCCCGCUCCUCUUCCUCCACGGUGGCCCUGUGGGCUCAAGUUCUAAAAACCAGGCUCAGCUUACUGUUGCAUCCGGAGAAUCCCCACUCCGUGAAGUUCGCUUCGCAUCCCCUUAUCGCAUACUAACCUUCCACACGCCUUCGAUCCAGGCAGCCAUGGCCUGUGCGCGUGUGACCCAGACCCCCUUCCUCGGCGAGCUGAAGCUCCGCGGCGACGCUCGCAGUCUCUCCGUGGUUGCCGCGGCGACGGUGUGCUCCUUCCUGCCGCUGUCGACCUCGCACGUGAUCUCGCUGCUGGUCGGGGUCGUUGGGUUCGUGCUGGCGCAGGCGCUGCAGCCCAGCGUCGACCGCGACCGCAAGCCUGCGCCCAACGGAAAGCCGGGCAGCGGCCGCAGUGGCGCCUUGGCCCAGCCCGCUUCUCCCCACGGCCCCGACAGGCAGCAGCGCCGCAAACCCUCCGCGAAGGCGGCGGAGCGAGCCCCGGCGGAGCCACCACAGCAGAAGGCCGAGACCUGGAAGCCGAGCGCCGUGCCCGUGCAGGCCCCCACGUUCAGCGGCCAGGGGUGGGAGGCCGAGGUGGAGGAGCUGCUCCUGCAGCUGACGCCAACGACCGAGACCACCGAGGCUGUGGCCGAGAUCGCCUGCGCCGUGAAGAGGGCGGUGCAGCCGCUGCUGCCCGGCGCCGAGGUCACCGGCUUCGUGGGCGCCAGCCUUUCCAGCGGCAAGGCCUUCGGCGUCGCGGUGCCCGAGGUCGACAUCGUCAUCAGCGCCACGCCGGAGGCCAUGGCCAGCCGGAUGGCCGGCCGCAGGCCUGGCAAGCAGGGCGAGGGCGAGAGGACGCCGCUGAAGCUCCGCAAGGCCGCGGUGCGCGCGUGCACGGACCGCCUCGUGUCCGAGGCCGGCUUCAAGUUCCGGCGCUCGGCGUUCCGGGGCGAGGAGCCGAAGGUGGUCGUCAUCUCGCCGCCGGCGCUCCGCUCGGUGCCCAUGAACCUGUCCGUGAACACGGUGACCCCCGUCUGCAACGCCGCCCUCCUCGCCGAGUGCGCGCGCGUGGAGCCGCGCGCGCAGGGCCUCGUGCUGCUCGUCAAGCGCUGGGCCAAGGACCGCGGCCUCUGCCACGUGGCCCGGGGCCACCUCUCCCUGUACUCGUGGGCCCUGCUCUCCGUGUACUUCCUGCAGGUGGGCGAGGGCGGCCUGCUGCCGCCGCUGGAGGGCGGGAUGACCCCGUCGGGCCUCGCCGUCCGCUGCCGGGGCGCUCCCGCCGGGCCGAGCAGCGGGGGCAGCGCCGUGGCCGUGACCGUCGCGGGCCUGCUGCAGGCCUUCUUCCGGUUCUACGGCGCCCAGUUCGACUGGCGCGCGGAGGCCGUCUCGGUGCGGGCGGGCACGCGCGGGGCCCCGGGCGCCCGGCUGCCGCUGCACAUCAUCUGCGACGACCAGGGCCAGAGCCCGCAGCCGGGCCCCAGCAUCGAGGACCCGUUCGACGCCACAUGCAACCUGGGCACGUGCAUGACGGCGGCCAGCCUGCAGCACCUGCGCUCGGAGUUCGUGCGCGCGGACAAGCUCUGCUCGCAGGGCGCCUCGCUCUCGGAGCUCCUGGAGCCGUGGGCCCCCCAGGCCGAGGCAGCGAGCCCGCAGGCCUCGGAGGGCGCCGCCGAGGAGUGAGCCAGACCAGGCGGCACCUACAAAUGUCCGAGGGUUCGCUUCCUGCAGGGGCGAGAACGGGCAUUAUGGCCUGCCUGGCCCGCCGUUGACUGCAACGGUAGGGGGCUCGCGCUGGAGGGCCCAGUGCCGCCGCCGCGCGGCCGCUCCUCGAGUCCUGGAAGCACAGGGCCAUGGUGGCCCGAUGCGAAAACAGAGCGCAGACACAGGUGAGCGACGCAA